CCCAGACAACUGUUCGCUUCCUACUGCGCUGCUUGCGGUGGCGCGUUGGGAACGGCUCUGUACCUCAACAGCAAAGUUAAGAAAAUGAAGAAUCCCAUGUACGCGCGGUUCGUGCCAUUCGCAGCCGUGUGCGGCGCCAACUUUAUCAACAUCCCCAUGAUGAGGAGCAGUGAGAUCCUGAACGGCACACCAGUUUUUACCGCGGAUGGGCAGCGCGUGGGAGAGAGCAAGACAGCUGCCAUGCGUGGCAUCUCGCUCGUGUGCAUCUCGCGAGUCAUCAUGGCGCUGCCCGGCAUGACUUUGACGCCACUCAUAACCGCAUACGCGACGCGCCGCGGCCUUUUCUGCCACUACCCGAUGGCCGUCAUCCCGUUCCAGUUGUUCCUAGUGGGACUCUGCGUGACAUUUGCCACGCCACUAUGCUGCGCUAUAUUCCCACAGCGAGCCGCCAUCGAUGUAGAGAGCUUGGAGCCUGAGUUGAAGGCCAAAACGAAGUAUAAUUUCCCCAAAGCAAAAGAGCUGUACUACAACAAAGGGCUCUAAAGAAAUCGAAGCUGGAACUUCGUGCCAUAGACUAUUCUAAGAUGACUACUGCCCUUCUGUGACCGCAGGCCGCUCGCACACUUACGACUUUGUCGCACGCAACGAUAGAAAAGUCGGGCGGGAUCAAACAAUAUUGAGGCUUAUAUUAUAAACGCCUAAAGAGUAUUUCGCUCGUCUUUAUUUCUGAUAAAUGAGCUUACGUCCAAUAAUUCCAAAACAAGGUUUUUUUGCUAUGAUGAUGGCAGUAUAUUUAGCGAAAUUAUAUUUAUUAAAACUGCCGUUGUCCUAUUUAUUAUUUGUCGUGAGUGUGUAGCGCGCCUUAUUUGAACACUUGUUAUAUUGGCUAUGCUAUACACUAAGGUAAGCUAUUUUAAGUGUUAGCCUAAAACAAUUAUAAUAGUUCUCAAUUAUAAUGAUAUGUUAUAUUAAAUUAUUCGUUAAACGGUUAUUGAUGUUGUUAAUUUUAACAUAAAUGUUAGAUUGUUAAGAUUUCAUGCAGGGCAAAGAUUAUCAUAGACUUAAUGUUAUUAUUCAUUCCAAUUUGUAAACUUCCAUUCCAUUUAUUUCUUUAAAAUAUUGUAUAUUAUUAUUAAUUUUCUGUAUAUUAGCUAUUUUAACUAUUUAUAAGUUUUUGUAUGUUGCGUUGAUGUGUGAUAUUUUUUAUGCUCAAUAUUUUUGGUUGUGAUACACAUUUUAUGAUCUGAGCAAAUCCCGACUGCCCAUAUCUUUUGAUAACUCCCAUUUACAAAAAUAUGAAUGUAAUCAAAUCGUGGCCAUAAAAUUAUACGAGGAAGAUGUCACGUUUGACAUUGACAUUUGCACCGUUUGACGUCGUCAUAGACUAAAGAGCUCUAAUGAUUGUUUUAGAGAUAACGUGCAAUAAUUCCAAAGAUAUUGUUUAGGCUAUUGGAGAGUUUAUAAUAGUUGUAGUUGAACGGUUUAAUCGAAUAUGCAAGUCCACUGUCAAAAAGUUAAAACAAAGAUAUUUUGAGAUUUGAAAUUUUAGGUCUAACGCUUAAGGCCCAGUUUUGUGAUUCGUAGUUAAAAUAACCAAUAGUUAAAUUUGACAGAUGUCAAAUGACAAGUGGUGAAAUAUCAGAAAAAAAUGAUUUUC